AUGUACGAUCACCCCUAAAGUGGUUUAAUGGAAGCUCACUCUUUCAACUUGGAUUGUCUAUCUUAAGAUAUUCAUCAAAUCAAACAAACACUCUAAGGUUGGACAACUAUUUUCAGUCAAUUGAUGGAAAUCACUAUUGAAACCCAUAAACAGAAUCAAUACAAUGUAAAUACAUAAUCUCUAUUUAUUAAGGCAUCAUUAUUAUAAUAGUUAAUAGCAACUUAACAUCGUAGACAUAAACAUUCUUAACCCAAAGACCAAAUAAAAUUGUCACCCAUAAGACCUCAUAAAACAGAACCAGAUGAAGUAAUUAAGCCAGAAAACUUUUCUAAAAUAUUUAAUAACCCUAAGAAGGUAAUCAUGUAAUUAUCCUCUCUUAGAUUUCAAUUAUGCAACUUCAAGGGACUCCAUUUGAUUCAGCAUUUGAAAGUAUCAAUAAAGAACUUGAAGAACCUUACAGAGAAGACUAGUAUCUAUCUGUGCCAAAAUCUAUGCAAAUGUCAGUUGAUUUAAACAAAUAGAAGAAGAAUCAAUAGCUUGAAAUACAGUAACCCCAAAGUGCAAAGAAUACUUAUGAAAAUAAACAAUUCGCUUUCAAUACAAAAGUUAUGCGUUCCUAAGAUAUUAAAGCCAAUAAAGAGAAUCAUUAACAUCAUUCUUCCAUGAAUAGACCAGAUUCUAAACGAAUUCUUGACUAACCUCAAUUAUCAACGGUUGUUGAAGAAAACUAAUCACCCUGUAUGAGUCCUUAUGAAAAUAAUUUCAGAUGUAACUAUUCAUUUCUAUUAUAGAUUCUAUUGCUUAAUCUCAUAGAUAAUAUGAAUAAUGCAGUACUGCUAAAACAUCAUAAAAUAGUUAGAGACCUCUUAAUUAUUUUUAAUAAUAACAGCUUUAAUCAGAAAAUAAUAGGUCUUCUUCAAAAUCUUGUUAUGGUAAUUAAUAAGCUUAAGUCCUUUAAAAUAAUAACAAUCUAAUUAAUUAACAAUAGCAGGCUUCUUAAUAAAUAUCUUCAUAGAAUCCAUUCUUAAACAACCUUAAUAAUGCUAGCACUAAAAAUGUUAAAUAAGCACCAACAUCAACUAGUAACAUUCCUUUUAAAUAGUAAUUUGAAAUUAUGAACUAAGUAAGUUAUAUUAAAUAAUUAGAUUUCAAAUUAAAGAGCUAAAAGUUAUAGUGAGUAAAAUUGCAAGAAAUAAUUAAGUAAACGUUGUUUAGAUAUUGAUCUCUUGGAUAAAUAAUAUGAGACUAGUUAAGAGUUAAUUUGGAAAGCUUAAAAGACAAAAAAAUGA